CCACGUCUUUUGUAAUGCACUUAAUUUAAUAUCUAGCACUCUUUGCUUCAUUAUUGCUGCCUAGAUAAGAGUUAAGCAAGAUGCCAUCUUGUUUGGAUGUUUGUGAGUAUUGUGCUAAAAUAGGGACACAUUUCUAACACCAAAGUGUGAUCAUCUCAAUUAGUCUGACAAAAAGUCUUUUCAUGCCUACUUUUAGCAACAUAAUCAACAGUCAUGUAGAAUACCUCAACCAGUUAAAUGCUCUUGGAUGUCUAAGCUUCUACAAGACAAGAUCUAAACUGCUUGAAUUAAAUCAUUCCCAUCAUGCCUUGUCCCAUGUGCUUGUGUUGGGUACAUAUGGCACACAACUCCUGGCCAAAAUUGUCAGCCGGUCAAUAAUAAAGAAAAUGUUAGGGAGUUACCCAGUAUGUCAUUUAGACUCAAUAUCAAGAACAACUCUCAAAAGGUAUUUUGUGUUUCUCAGUUCCUCUGUUUUGCUUCAUUCUUUAUUAUUGUUUUAUUUGGAUACCAUUUACUUGAAUGAUGAUAUGAUGUCUAUGUUGAGUUGAGAGCCAAAAACGUGUAUCCAGAACAAAAGUGGCAUGCCGAGAAUCUACAGUCUGCAUUGAGAAACUUCCUAAAACAGAAUGAUUCUAUUCACAUGUUAAUUAAAUGGAGUGCAAAAUACACACUUUACUCAGAAAAUCAGCACACGAACAUGUUGAUUGUUCACCAGUCAGUUACAUAGAUGUAAUAAGAAAACUCACACACACGUGAUACAUGCUGACUUGCAUAUCUGUAAUGUUUAAGAGUUUAAAUACUGUUCAGUACUGAUAAAUUCUCAUCAAUAAACCGCUUCGAAAAGUCACAGCGUGUAUAAUCUGUUCUCCAAGGAAAUUUCUAGGACAAUUUAUUAACAUUACCAUAGUUUGAUCACAAUACUACAAUUUGAAACGCCUGUUUUGCAUAAUUUCUACUUUUUCAAAUGCCAUUUUUUUGUAAAGUGAACAGUAUAUACUGUAAUAAUUUAAUGAUUGAUUUCUAGCACAAACAUUUUAUGGGCAAUGUUGUAAUUCCCGAAAAAAACCACCAGAGGGAGGUGUUGCUCAGUUGCGCUGUCUUCUUCACUGGCUCUCACAUGAUUACGCAAUCACAACAAAUGACUGUCUGCAAGCUGUACAGACAGAUAUUGACAGUCACGUACACACUCUGUUCUCUCAAUUCCCUGAUGCUUUGGGCUAUGGCUUAUGAGUUCAUGCUUUGUAGAAGCGAACUUUAACUUUUCUAAUGUUAGUUUUGUGUAUUUAUUUAUAUGCAGCGUAGCUAGUGUUCGUAUCUUUGAAUUGGUCUUGUCCAGUCUUUGUCGAUGCCUCAGGAAUCUCCGGAGGGGCAGCAACCGCUGCCGCUGGUCCGAUCUCUGGUUAGUCGGAUACCGGCCCAUGUGGUGUUCUGUAACCGCAGUCCGCGAGUCGUAAAGCCCGUCUGGAUAAACUUCCGCGGGGAGCCGCAGCCAUACGUAGAUAUUCAGCCGUACACCGGAAAAAGAAUGGAAACCUAUGUGGGACAUCCAUGGAUGUUUCGGGAUGCAGAAACUGAUGAUCCAAUGGUAGUCAAUAAUAAAGACAUGUAUUUGCCACCCCACCUUGAAAAUGGACAAGUCUCAGUUGCCAACAUCACAUUGCCUGUGUUGACCUUGCGAGAUCGCUGUCUGCAAGUUGUGAGGCGGUUGGUUCGCAGAGAACAUAUCUUUCAGCUGGAGGUCGGCCGCUGCCUACAAGAUGACCUUGCUCAGAGACCCAGCAUUCAUGCCGAUCUACGACGCAUUAACCAGCGAGUGGAACAGAAGUUACUGGAGAACAGAGAACAGCAAAACAGAUGAAAAUAUGAACAUUAAUGUGAUUGUGAAUGAGGGCAUAUUUACUGAGCAGACCCUUGCACCAGCUCCAUAAAUGGAUAAUAAUAUAGUCUGGCACUAUAAAAUACACGUUGUUAAUAAACCUCAGAUCAGGAGGAAUAUUUCUUAAGCAAAUGAAUGCUUUAAACAUAGGUAUUUUUAAGUUUUAGUGACAGGCACUGAGUCCACAGAAAGAACUUUAGAAAAUGCAGAUUUUGUGUUGUAGGCCUUGCAAUAUUUUAGGUUACAGAUCUCUGU